AUGUGAAUCUUAAUUUCAACCUUAGUGGCACACUUUCCUGGAUUGGCGGAUAUCCCUUACAUCCGAAUUUCAUUUCUGUUCUUACAUAAUUCCACUUCAGAGAUUUCAAUUAUUGGAGUUCAAUAAAAUAAUUGUAUUAAUAAUCAUUUAAAGGAGUUUUUUUUAUAUAAGAAGGACGGUUGGAGCGCAUUCUACUUCUUAAGAAGGCGAUCUACCAAUUCGUAUGUACGUUUUUAACCGAAUAUAAAUAUACACGAUGUCAAUCGGUCGUAAAGUUGGUUAUGCUGAUAUGACAGCAAUGUCGGAAAUCGAUGAAAUUGGAAUUAACCAAAAUCUAAACGUUCGAUACAAUAGUGACAUAAUAUAUACUUAUACCGGAUCAAUACUUCUGGCUGUUAAUCCUUAUAAAUCCAUUAAUAUAUACAAUACGCAAAAUAUUUCUGAAUAUCAUACUUGCAAGCUUGGAGAUUUAUCGCCUCAUGUGUUUGCUGUAGCAGAAGCAGCUUAUACCAGCAUUGUCGAUGAUAAUAUAAAUCAGGCGUGUGUAAUUUCCGGUGAAUCUGGAGCUGGAAAAACAGAGACUACAAAAUUUAUACUGCAAUACUUAUGCACAGUUACUUCGAACGUUUCCUCCUGGGUACAGGAGCAGAUUUUGGAAGCCAACACUAUUUUGGAAGCAUUUGGAAACGCCAAAACAACAAGAAACGACAACAGUUCUAGGUUUGGUAAAUUUAUGCAAGUUUGCUUCGACGAUUACAACUGUAUUAAAGGAUGUGUAAUUCAGGAUUACCUGCUCGAACAAUCUCGGAUAACAUUUCAAAGUGAAGGGGAACGGAACUAUAAUAUAAUGUAUCAGUUAGUUGCUCAGGGACAGAAAAAUAUCGGCAUCGCAAAAUCCUUUAAUUUAAAGCCACCUGAGUUUUACAAAUAUCUAAAUACGUCCAAUUCUGAAAAAAUAAAUAUGCACUCAGAGUCAAAGAAGUUUGAUGCUGUUACCAUGGCGUUUACGGUUUUACAAAUUCCCCAAUUUGUUAUAGAUGGCGUUUUUAAAGUGCUUAGUUCCAUUUUGUGGCUAGGUAAUAUAGAGUUUAUAGACGUUGAUGGAGAAGUCACCGAUUUUUCUAGUUCAGACCAAGAAGUGAUAUCGAUUAUAUCAAACCUUUUGGGACUUAAUCGCUGUGACUUUAAAAAGGUUUUAUUAAUUCGCCAAAUAAACGUUCGGGGAAAUAUCACGGAAAUUCCUUUAAAAAUAAAAGAGGCUAUAGAAAAUCGACAUGCUUUGGCAAAAGCAUUGUACUCAAAAACGUUUACAUGGCUGGUUUCAAAAAUAAAUAGCUGUACAAAUCCAGGACAAGAUGGCGCAAAAUUUCUUGGAGUUCUCGAUAUAUUUGGAUUUGAAAAUUUUUCUCAUAACUCAUUUGAGCAGCUAUGCAUUAACUAUACCAAUGAAAAGCUUCACAAAUUUUUUAACCAUUAUGUUUUCGCCUUAGAGCAAUCAAUCUAUGAACAAGAAGGAAUAUACUUUAAUCAUGUGGAGUUUACAGAUAACACUCCUUGCCUGGAAAUAAUGGAGAAACCUCCGCGAUGUGUGUUCAAGUUACUGACAGAACAGUGUCAUAUGCCAAAGGGCUCCGAUUCAGCUUUUUUAUGUAAUAUGCACACUGAGUUCGAGUCCCACCCAAAUUACAUAAAAGGGUCUGAUCGUCGUCUUUGGGAAACCGAGUUUGGAAUAAAACAUUACGCUGGACUUGUGAUCUACGCUGCGGGCGGAUUUGUAGAAAAAAAUCGAGACGUACAACAAGAUGUAAUGUUUGAUUACAUGAGCUGCAGCAAAGACUUGUUUAUAAAAGAUUUAUCAAAAUACCAGGAUUUCCAAUUCAUCAGUUCGAGUUACCCACGAGGAUCAUCCAAAUCAAAAUGUACUGUGAGUGAUAAUUUUCGACAUCAGUUACAGUCCCUCAUAGAUGUUCUCCAAAAUACAAAGCCUUGGUAUGUUCGUUGCAUUAAACCUAACUUACAAAAGCGACCAAACACCUAUGACAGCUCUUUAGUUCUCGAUCAAUUAAAAUAUCUUGGAGUUGUAGAUAUAAUUCGAAUAAGAAGAGAGGGAUUUCCAAUACAUUUCAGCCAUGAAGACUUUAUCGUUAGAUAUAAAUGUCUAAUGAAAUAUAAAUCAUUUGAAAAUCCAGAAAAAUAUUUAAAGAAUAUUUUUCAAAUAAGUGGCAUGCCUCCUACGGAAUGGCAAAUAGGAAAAACUAAAAUAUUUUUACGAAAUGAAGUAUAUGAACUACUGGAGACCAAUCGAAAAGAUACGAUUUAUAAAAAUGCCGUUAUUAUUCAAAAAUACUGGAAUAGAUAUUAUUGCCAAAAAUCUUUUAUACGCAAUAAACAGGCCGUUUUAAAAAUACAGCAUGCGUAUAGAGGCUGGAGAUUAAGAAUUCGUUUUAUGAGAAUGCGGCGUAGUGCUAUUGUCAUACAAAGUCGACUACGUGGAGUUUUUGCCAGAGAGGUAGCAGUGGCAUUAAGGGAAAUGAAGCGCGUAGAUGAAGAAUUGAAAAGGCGAGAUGGAAUGUAUGGACAAUUAACCAGUAUUAACACACAUACUCUUGCUGAUUGUGAGAGAUUAAUACAAGAGGAAAUAAGAGUUCUGGCUCAUAUUUCAGAAAACAUUCAAACCGAGCCAAUUAACGAUAAUAAUGAUUCUGAAAGCAAUACUACCAGACCUUCAAUCCAACAGGACUCCGUUGACUUGGACAAUAUAUUUGACUUCUUAUGCGAAUCAAAUGGAUCAUUGGAUAGUGCACCAAUUGGAGAAAUAAAUGACAACAUAAAAAAGUUGGUUAAAUAUCUUGACGCAGAAAGCCCGCCUAAACGGACGCAACCACUUGAAGCGCUUCAUCGUGGGAAAUCCAAAGAGGCAUUGUGUGUGCAGACCGAAGACGUGGCAAAACUUUUUACAACAAAGGUCGUCCGGUCAAUUCCAGAACCAACAGUACCACCCCCACCGCCGCCCGUAUCUAUAAUUGCAAAUUUAAAUUCUGAGCCCAUAUAUGAGGCAAUAAACUCAUACAAGCUAACAACAACCAAAGAAAUAAAAAAGGAAAAGUACAUGUUACAUGAUUACAAAAGCAUUAGAGAUAACAGUAAGAAGUCCACUCCCUCUACUUCAGUUUUUGUAAAAUAUCAAAUUGAUGAACGUGAGAAUAGACGAAAACAUAGAGUGGAAAAAAAAAUUCAUGAACUAACAUUUAGUAAUAGUCACAAAGAUAUUUACAUCGAUGAUUCCUUUUAUAAUAUUUUAGAAUUUGCCGAAAACUAUUUUAAUACACAUGACAAUUCAACUGAACAUAACUUUACUUCUACACCGACACAAAAGGGAACAAGUUCCGAUAUGUUGGUAAAACACAACAUGACAAUGUUUUCUAAGUCAGACAAAAUUCCAACAUCACAUAUACACAUGUAUGAUCCUGAGAAUGUUUUAUUGUCGUGCAACAUGUUUCGGGAACUCUGUAAAUACAUGAGGGGAGAACUUAAUGCAGAGCGUGAACUGCACAUAAUUCAGUAUAUUAUUGGAUUGGGCAUUGAGAGGGAAGAAUUACGAGACGAAAUAUUUAUUCAAUGCAUUCGUCAAUCAAGAAACAACCCAAAUAUUGAUUGGACAGACAGAAUUUGGCUAAUUUUGUGUCUUUCCAUUGUUGCUUUUCAACCGAGUAAACUUUUAUUCAGAUAUUUCGUUUCAUUCAUAAAAAAAAAUAUGAUUGAUUUAGAUGGGAAGUUCAGACAAUACUCACAAUGGUGCUUUGAUAACUGUAAAAGUACGAAAGUAUCAACACGGAUGUAUCCCCCAUCAAGUGUCGAAGUUGCGGCUAUGCGCCGCCUUGGAACAAUAGUGUGCAGAUUUUUUUUCUUAGACGCACGCACAAAAGCAAUUGAUGUACACCCCACUGAUACGGCUGGUGACGCUGUGCAGAAGCUGGCUGAAAAACUCAACUUAAUCACUACUGAUGGAUGGGCUAUUUAUCAGAAUCGUGCAGACGGUGAAGAGCAUAUAAAAAGUUAUGACUAUUUGUAUGAUAUAAUUUCAGCAUGGGAAAUGAAACAAUCUACAUAUACAAGCACAAGAAAAACAGCUAAUGCAUCUUCGUCUGGUGAAAAUAGAUUUGUUUUUAAGAAAAGGCUUUUUAAAUUAACUCAGGAACUAUCACAAGAUCCUGUCGAAGUCAGCAUGUUAUAUUCACAAGCAGUUCACAGCGUUGUGAAGAAGGACGAAUUCCCGGUCAGUGAAAAGGUGGCGCUUCAAUUAGCAGGACUUCAAGCUCAAGUAGCUUUAGGAGAUCCUUCAAAGCAGCCAAAACCGGAAUAUUACUCAGAUAUAAACAGCUUUUUGCCUAUGCGCAUUUCUAAAACAAGAGAACAACAAUUUUGGAUACCAAUUUUAGCCCAAGCCCACCGACAAUACGGAUCCUCAAGAAAUGAAUUGACAGCGAAAGUGUUGUACCUAAGUUGCGUAAUGCAAUAUCCACUGUAUGGCACGACAAUGUUUAAAGUUAAUUACAAAGGGUAUUGGAAUAUGGCAAGCAAUAUUAUUCUUGGAAUACAUUUUGAUGGACUAAAGUUUAUUAAUCCUGAAGAUAAAUCGGUUAUGCUCCAAUUUAAAUACGUGGAUAUUGAAUCCAUUUUGUUGGACCCAAGUGACAGUUUUAUAACUAUAUCACUUAAUCGAAGCGCUCAACUAUUAAAAAGUUCUCGCGAUGAAAGUUCUUUUAUAGAAUCACAGAAAUGUUUCGUAUUUGAGACACCUCAAAAAAAUGAAAUAGGAUCUUUGAUAAUUUCGUAUUACCCACCGUUGUCUAACUGGAUUUUGAAUAAUUUGGAGUGUUCAAAAAAAUAUAAAGGAACCACUAAAGAAGACCGAUUGAGACUGCAUCAAAAUGUUGUUCUGUGUAGACGACAGUUGGUGGAUAUGAAUAUAGUUAAAAAACCGCACGAUUUAGGAGGUUUUCUAAGAAAUACCCUAAGACGUCUGUCAAAGCAUCGAUUAGAAAAAUUACGAUCGGAGCAGGGGUCUAGUAUGCAGGACCAUGGCGAAAUUUACAAAGGUUUUUCUCACACGUUUUGGGCAUUUAGUAAACAACAAAUCCCGUUUUGUCUAAGUACAAUAUCUGACCAAGAAGAGGUAGUAAUGGUGCAAGUAUUUGAUUUAAUAUUGACAUUUUCUGGGCUUGGAACAUCAGGCGAAUCCAUUAAGCGUGCAGAAGAUGAACAUGUUCGAAUAAUUCAAUCAAUAAUGGACAAAUGUAUGAAAAAGGAAGCUUUAUUAAAUGAACUUUAUCUUCAAUUAAUAAAACAGACCACGGAUCAUCCAGAUGCAAAUUCAAGAGUAAAUUUAAAAAAUUGGGCACUUUUAUGUGUCCUGUGUAGCGUAAUUUUGCCGUCAAUGAAGGCUGUUCGAAAAUACCUAAUUGCUCAUUUGAAAAGAUGCUCAAGUGAUUUUUUAUCUGAGGAGGGUAAAUACGCACGAUUUGCAGAAAAUUGUUUUUUCAGAACCCAAGGGACAAGGCGUCGACAGUGGACGCCAAGCCGAGAGGAAAUUUUAUGUACUACAAAUCGCCGACCAUGCUAUGCCAAAUUUUAUUUUAUGGAUGGGCAAUAUUACUCAAUCGAGUUUCAACCAAGCUCCACAACAAAUGACGUAUUAGAAAUAAUAAAGAAAAAGAUCGGUUUACAAGAUAAUGCAAAGGGAUAUUCCAUUUAUGAAGUUAUAGGAAACUCGGAAAGAAGUCUUUCAUCUGAGGAGAAAGUAUGCGAUGUAAUGGCUAAAUGGGAGAAAUAUCAAGUAACAUCACAACAAGGAAUUCAGGUAACUUUUACCAAAAUCAAAUAUUGUUUCAGAAUAUAAAGACUAUUAAUAAAAUUUGAUACCAAAUAUACAUUUUAAUGUGAUUUAUCAUUGAAUACGAAACAAAAUAUCAUAGUGCAAAUGUGGUGUUUCAUAUCACAAAAAAUGUUUAAAAAAUUAUUAAAAAAAAAAAAAUUAUUAUAAUAUAUUUGUAGGCAUAAACCAUAUCAUCUAUAUAUGGAUAAGGACGGUUUCUAAUAUUUUCAGUAUGUUAAUCGUUACGCGUAAAAUAAAAAGGUACAACUUCUUUCCCACGAAAAAUGCUGAAAUUUUCACUUUGCUCUUCCUGCAGCUGAGCAGACUGUGUAUCUCCUUUAUUUUUAAAACCGCUAGUGGAUGUUAAAGCAAAAGUGGCAAAAAAAAGCGUUGAAUAUGAUUCUUAGAGAAGCCACCGAUCUAGUUCUUCCGUGAACAGGGUUCUCAUUUUCAAUCUGUUUAAUUAGACAUUCUAUUUCUGCAGCUAUGUAUAUAUAAUCCAUAUAGAAUACAUUGCAGCAAUAAUGAACCAUAUUCUCCAGUUUGUUGUGCUGCUGUUGUACAUGUUGCUGCUGCAUAGAUUGCUGUUGCUGCUGCCGAUAAACGGGCUGCCGUGGCUGGUGUACAGGUGGCUGCUGCUUUUUUUGUGUCGUAAGGUCGCUGUGCAUUCACUGUAUUCCACUUGUACGCUCGAGUGUCACGUUCGCCAUGUUAUGUUCAUUAUGUUCCAUCAUGUUAAGUCCAAAUGAUUUCAUCAAGUAUUAGUUUAUUAGUUCUUGAUUGAGCUGCCUAUUCUUAAUUCUGAUUUACAUGUACACACAUGUAUGUCUAUGUACAAAUGUAUAAAGAGGUUCUUAGUUCUAAAGCAGCACAGUUGGCAGAGAGCCGACUGCAGUAUGUAUUAUAAAAUAUAUUAUAUUUAAUCCCAGUUUUGGUUUAUUACUUCUCAGUUUGACAUAUAACUUAAGACUGAAACUCUAACAGAAGGAAAUAAUGUUUUGUUCGCAGUUGUACAGCGAAUCUGCUGACCCAGUAGUUUUGAAGAAUGUCUUCGUUGGUCUUUGCUCAGCUGUUCCCACACAAGUUACACUAUGUUGGAACAUGAGAGGGCGACGAACUAACGGUUGAGACGUGGAGGUUAGGGGGAAGUUGGCGUAGAGACUGCUGAUGUGGUAUUUCCUCCCCCCCUAGCGUGAAGUGACGGCCAUAGUAAUGGUAUGGGCGGAACGUAGUUGAUUGGGUCAGCAGGAUUGGGUAGGUAAGUACUAUUUCUUUUUAUGAAUAGAGCAUACAGUAUUAGGAUGGCUAAGAUAACACACGAAUUGAAGAUUUAUCGUAGAUUCCUUGACUUGAAGUAUUUUGGCUUUUUUUUCCUGAAGAUGUAAAACCAUUUUGCUUAGGCUCAUCUUCUAACGUUGCAUUUAUUGUUUCGUUCUUUGUUGUAGGUAAGGAUUAGUUGAUCUGUUUCUCAUACAACAAUUUGGUGUCAUCGUAUUUGGUUCGUCCUAUUACUAUCAAACAAUUGAUGUGGUUAAUGUUCCUUCAAUUUUGAAUGAUAUUUAAAGACCUGAGCAAUCUGGAAUUAUAUUAAACUUGGCCAAAAAUAUUCUUUCAGCUAUAUUGUGUAUGUGAUUUUGUAGAAUAUCUAUAUUAUUUCUAAUUCCUUAGAAAUACUAUUCUUAAAAUUAUUAAUAUAUUCUUCGAUCUUUUUUGUUCGGUACUUAAACGAUGUGACAUAUUGUUCAAAUGUACAAUUAUGUCACUGUUAUGGGCCAUUUGUUGGAAAAUGCUAUUUUAAUUUUAAGUAUUAAAAAAUUCUGAAUUUAGUUUCUAUAACGGAUGCGUCGCCUGGUGAUUUUCUUAGUGACGGUACCGAGGCCGUAUAUUAAUCCUCUUUUUUUCUCUUUGGCUUGAGGUUAAGGAAUGGAUGUUUUCUUUUGCUUGUUCUACAUUUCUUUUUAGGGUGUUUGCAGGGGGCGUCGUCGUCCAGUGAUAAGUCAAGCACGCUUAUUGAAGUCGGGAAAUUUCCCACGCCGCAGAGCAAAAGUGGAAAAUAACCACCACUGGAAAAAUACACAAAAAAGCGGGGGCUUCGAGGGCAUGAGUUGUAUAUUCGGGUGCAUUUAUGAGACUAAAUGUAGCUUAAAACUAAAGCAGCGCUCUUACCCGCUUUACAUCGCUAAAGAGGGAUCGGGUGCUCGACGGCGGCCGACCGCAGAGCUUGGAGAGCGCGAGGUCGGAUGAGAGCGAGAGCGUAAGUGCGGACAAGAACCCGGACGAGAACGAAAGCUCUGUGCGCAGAGGCGGUACAGUGGCCCUUCACAUUAACAUUCCGCCCUUCCUUGCAAUCACCCGGGUUGCAACAUGGUCCUUGCUAUGGCUGGUGGCAGGCUCCGGACACGACACAUCCGAAAACGGUGCUCUGGGCCACCGGCAGUCCGUCCUAGAUCUUCAGGAAGCCUGGCUGCAUCACAUGCGGAUACAGGUCCGCUCCCAGGACCACGGAAAUCGUAGCGUGUAGGUAGAAACGCUGGAAGUGGGCCCGCACUGUUUCGCUCAGAUCCCGGAUUGGAGUGCGAAUGCGCACGUGGGGCUCGACCUUAAAAACCAGCUCGAACCGGACGCUGUUGUCCAGCUUGGAGCUCACGGUGGCCAAGCAAACCUGUUCAUCCCCAACUCUGGUCGUUGGCAGUCUGAACGCUGUCGCCAGCGACGCGUCGAUGCAGCUCGUAGGUGUGCACGGGUCGAUGAGCGCCGCCGUGUCGAAGACCUGAGUCCCGGUAUUAAUCCGCACCAUAGCAGUCGGUAGCAGGUUGACGCUGUGUCGCUGUAACAGGGACGACAGCGACAGAGCGGAGGAUGCGCUCGGCGGGCUACUCGGACAGGCGGCGGGAAACUGCCUAGGCGCAACGGACGCCUCAUGAGAGGCCGAGGAACGCCGGGGUGAGGCGGACGAGCAGCUGAAGAACGCCGUGCAGUGUCUGACGAGUUCCGCGGGUUGUGGCUCUGCGGCAGCGUGUGAUAACUCUGCCCGCACGUUUUGCAGCGGUCCCCUCGCUGACACGUUCCGUCGGAGUGUUCGUGGGCCAGACAGCGGGGGCAGUACCGAUUGGCGAGGAUAGCCCGUAGGCGCUUCUCGGCACUCAAGCGCAGAAAUCGGCGGCAUUUCCGUAACGGGUGGAUCCCACUGCAGACUUAGCAACGGUGAUUUCCAAUGCGGUGGAGCUGCGCGGACGUGGAGACAUCGUGCUUGAUAUAAUAUGAGGAGGAAUAUGACGGAGAGAGAAGCGAAAAUCAGUAUUGGUAAAUCUACGAAUUGGACUAACUAUAAAACACACAGUGACGAGGAACAUUGGAGUGGACAGGCUACUGUUUAUUGAGGGCAGCCGGCUGCUUCCAUCGGAAGAAGGACGACCUUUGCUACAUUCUUUAAGGUACUCUUCCUUCCAUCGCAGACAAAGUGGCUGAAAGAGACCCUUCAGGUGUUGCCAGCGGUUUAUGAUGGACGUUGUAUCCCCCUUUAUCUCGGGUUCAACGUUGCGAGAAGGGUCCCUCCAACAAGAAUGUGCCCAAGCGUAAGUUCCAACAGGUCCGCGGGGUCUUCGGACAUUGGCGCAAGCGGACGCGAUUUCAAGCACGCUUCGAUCCUAACCAAAAACGUGGACAGCUCUUCGAAUGUGUAUUUACGCGUGGCCGUAGACAUGUAGAACAGAGUCUUGAAACUCUUGACUCCGGUCUCCCACAAGCCUCCCAGGCUUGACAGGCAAAGCAGCUGCUGGUGACUACAGGCACCCGGAACAGCCCCUUUGAGUGCUUGCAGAAAAUCGCGGGAGCGUUGGGACGCCGCACCUACAAAUGUCUUUUUUUAACAUUAUCCGACAGAACUUGACGGGGGCAUCCUCUUCGGGAUACAAAACGUGCGAAAACAACAAGAAAUUUCUCUGUCGUGAGGUCGGACGUCGGCUCUAAAUGGAUGGCCUUGGUGGAGAAGCACAAAUACCAACACAUACCCUUUUGUAAAGAGGCAGGCUCGUCGGGUGUAGUUUUUGACGUCGAAGGGUCCGGCAUAGUCAAUACCAGCAAGGGUAAAGGGCCGCGAAAAGGACGCCCGUUCCUUGGGUAACCUUCCUAUGAAUUGAGUUUGCAACUUUUUGUGAAUGACGCAUACCUUGCAGGAAUAGAUAACGGAUUUGACCAAAUUCCUCACCUUCGGAAUCUAAAAUCAAUUGAUUACCGCCGUGCAGCGUUAUGCGAUGAGUAAAAUGGACGAGGAGUCGAGACAGAUGGAAGCUGUACGGAAGGAUAGCCGGAUGCCGUUCGUCUUGUUGAAGAAGUUCGGAGGCUGUAACCCGGCCGCAAGCUCUCAUGAGCCCUUGAGAAUCGUGAAACGGGUUCAAGUUUUGAACAGGACUGGAUGCAGGCACCGGCCGCUUUCGGCUUAAACAGCCAAUUUCAAGGGUGAAAUGCCUGCGUUGCGUGACGGAAAUUAGGAGACGCUCGGCCGACGAAAUCUCAGUAGAUGAGAUCAACCGAGUAGCGAGAUCAGCCGGAUUAUGCUCGGAGCCGACAUGUGCCCAUUUCUCAACCUCCGUGAAAUGCGUGAUCCUUGAGACCCGAUUAGCCACAAAUGUUGUCCAAUGACAUGCCGGCCUGUGCAACCAGGCGAGAACAAUAGUUGAACCCGUCCAACAAUAGAGGGCGGACGCAGGCCCAGGCAUCUUCGGACGAAUGACGUUGGCCAUCUCGGACAAUAGAACGGUUCCGCACAACUCCAGCCGCGGAGCGACACCGUCUUUACUGGGGCCACCCGUGUCUUUGCCGUCAGCAAGUUCACCGCAACCGUGGACCCGACAUCAACUCGGACAUAAAUGGCGGCGCCAUACGGCUUCAAGUGUGGUCGGAGUGCGACCCAGCGGGGAAUGCGGAUCUGAUCGAGGGCCGAGUAAUUUUCCUGGAAGUUCCGUCCCAUCUCUUGCAGAAUUCUUGAGGGAGGACAUCGUCCCAGCCUAGAUCCUGGAGCCAAAUGUCCUGCAUAAACAAUUGAGUCUUUGAGUCUGCCCCAGCGAGCACGUCGUCGACGUACAUGAAAUGUCGGAUAAUCUGACUCGCCUGCGGAUACCUCGACUCUUCGUCUCUUCUCUUUCGCCAGGAAUGGAGCAAAAUUGAUCCCGAAGGUGACCGCCUUUUUGCGGAACAGAAUGCGCUGGAGAGGAGCCAAAUCUGCCGGUACAUCUUCUCGAUGUCGGCAUUAAAGACGAACUUAAAGUAUCGCCACCUUAGGAUUUGAACUGUAAGACCGGGCCCGCGUAAAGGAUGUAAUUCAGACUGGUCCCAUUUGCGGAAAGGCUAGAAGCAUUGAAAACUACCCGCACUUUAGUGGUUGUACUUUCGGGCUGGAAACCGGCAAGAUGUGGAAGAUAGUACGUGACAAAACUGCUCGUCGUAGAAACCUCAGUCAUGUCACUUCAACCCUUUUUAGCCGUUGCUCGUUGCGGUGGAACUGAGCCAGAGCCAAUCGUGAAGAUGCUAGCUCGGAACCCUUGUGCUCGGGGUCGCGCAAGGGGAGCGUCACAACAUGCUUGCCACGAUGGACCCUUCUGGUGGUUUUUACGAAAUUUUGUUCGUAAAACGAAGCAGACUCGGACACGGUCUGUGCACUUCCUGCACCCCCAGAAUUUCUAGGUCCAGGGAGUCCUAGAGGGCGUAGGUAACGCGCGUGGAGAAGGCGGACACCCUCCGGGGUCUGAAGAACGGACUGAGCCUGUCAACACCCAUCCAAAAAUAGUUUCCUGGCCGGAAAGGGAUGUUUAUGUCGGAAGAAUGUCUGCUCGUAUCAGGACAUUGAUCUGGGAGCUCUCAAAGAUCUUGGGGCCCGUAAGGGGGCCUUAAAAGGAAGUCUGAUUAAGUUAAACAGCCGUUCUGUAAUGAAGGUUGCUUCGGACCUAGGGUCAAUCAGGGCUCGCGCUUGGAAGUUGCACACUUUAAUAAGGGCAGUGCCCAGUAGAACGGCUCUUGAAUCGGAAGCGAAGCAUACUUGCACAUCUGAGGGAUCCUGUGAGGCGUCCGUGCCUUCUGGAAUAGGUGCGGGUCGAGAUCUGGCUGUCGCAGACGAACUUGAAGCGGUUGCAAAUGGAUUACCGCGGUGCCAUUUCAUUCCAAGUUGGCAUUUCGGCCUUUUUGUUGAUGGAUUGUUCCCAUCAGAAUAGUGUGGUUUUGGGAAGCUUUGCGGACACCAUAUACACCAAGAGGCAAAGAAGCAAAGACGAGUUAACAGAAUAUUAGAGCUGUUCGUUUUACAUGUUAUUUGAUUUACUGUUUGUUGUAUGUGUUGAAAUGUAAUUAAAUAAGCAUCUUUAUUUCCACUUAUAAGUUGUUGGCCUUUGUUGUGCAUUGUGAUCGCUGCUGAAGGCUGAGCACAUAGUCCCUGGACCAGCUGUGCCAAAACCGCAGCUUGAGCUCCGACAGUUGCCGCCACCGUCUUAAAGACGGAUUGCAUGCCAUGUUGCAAGGCAUGCCUGACGCGUAUUCGCACGGUUAGAGCUUGACCCAGCAGCAAAUGGUCUGGCGUAGUACCUCACCGUCGUUGGGAUUUCUGAUCUCGGCCGCGAGUGGCCUGGAGUUCAGCGGCGCUUUGAUGUCGAAUAAAAGGGUGUUGAGCUCUUCGUGUGUGAGAUUUGUGUUGCCAGCCCCUGUCACCAGCCGAUGCUUCGCGGCCUUGACUGCCGCCUCCCACAGCCCUUCAAAGUGUGGUACUCGGGUGGAAUGAAGAUCCACUCCACUUCUCUCUCCGCGGCGUAGUCCUGAAGCUCCUCCUUCUGCUUCUCGAACGCUGUUUGCAGAUCCUUCAGUACGUUGUCGCUCCUACAAAAUUAGUCGCAUUGUCGCUGUCCUCCUCUGCCCGCAAACCUUUUAAAUACAUUUAAAAACUCGUCAGUGGAUAAGUAAAUUACGAGUUCAAGGUGAAAAGCCUUUGACGUGAAACAAACAAACACAGCGACAUAAGCCUUUACUAGGGGUCUACCGCGAAAUCUGUAGCUUUUAUAAAAGGGUCCAUAUAAAUCAACACGGAAAACUCUGAAGGGGCGACCUUUGUUUAAGCGGUCUGCCGGCAAGUUGUCCAUGAUAUGGCCUAAUAAUUUUGGAUUAUAUUUAAAACAAUGCACGAAGUUGCAAACAACUGCUGAGCACAUUUCUCGUGGGUUUAUUAGCCGAAUUCGCUGCCUCAAAAGUGUAAUCAAUACUUUUGGGCAGUUUGAUAGUUUUUAAUGUGCAGAUUGCGUACAAAUAUCUUGACGAAAGUUUCGUCUCGAGGCAACAAAAGAGGUAAUUUUACAUCGUAGCGAAUGAUACUCUGCUGUAACCUAACACAUACACUAAAGACUUUAAAAUGUAUUCAAGAUUCGUCAAAUUCAUGCAUAAAGAGGUUUUACGACUGAAUACUUGGCUGCAAAACGUGCGAUUUUUCAAGAAACAAUAUUUCUCGUUGAAGUCUAUGUUCUUGCACUAUUUUCCAUUUUUUUCAAAUGGCUAGUCUUCUUUCAAUGGGCGACACGAUAUGAGAAUUGGGAAUAUAAUUUCUGUAGCAGAACCGCAUGACAUAUGUUAUUAUUCGAAUAAUUUUAGAGAAGAAAGUUCGUCGUUCAAUUAAUUCUAAAAUUCUAUUUAAUAUUGCCUGUUCAUAAACUACUUUGAGCUCAAACUUAUGGAGUUGUGGCCAAUUCUCGGCAGAGUCAGCUUGGACCCUUAAACCAAAAUGAUUUAAUGAGCUCAUCUACACAUGCACCUCUUGAUGCAAUAUCAGCUGCGUUAAACUCAGUCGGAACAUGUCGGCAUAUAACAUGAUAAGAGCGCUCUUGAAUUUCGGCAACUCUAUUAGCUACAAAGGUAAAUAGAAAAUCUGGCUCUCUUUGUAACCAGUAAAGGGUGUCUUGAAAGUCGGAACAAAAGUUCACGCAAUUUGUGUCCACACAGUGCUUAGCAAAUGCGCAGCGCACAACUCAUGACCAGGAAUAGUCUCAGUUGCGACUCUAGAUUUUGCAACACUUUCUUUACUUCAUCUUCAUAUCGUAUACAUAUGUAGAUGCAACGUCCAUAAGCGUCACUCGAAGCGUAUGCAAUGCCAUGAAUUUGCAAUUGAUUGUAUUGACUCUUACAGACGUAUCGAGGCAGCUUUAUUCUGCUAAGAUCACCUAUCUAUAAACUGAAUCCACUUUGUAUGAAGAUAAGCAGAAAUCGUCUCUUCCCAACCUUUCUUACCGCCGUAAUUUAAAUUCAAUCGCCAACUAGGCGAAAAGGGCGAAAUCCUGAAAACCUUUGGUAAAAGUGUUACCCAUGAUCUGCGGUUAUUGGAUAGGGCAACAGGCGAAGGAGAAAAAACAAAGUUUUUUAAAGCUGCUUGCUUUGCUAAAAUAAAUUAAAUAAAAAUAAAGUGACUGCAAUUAGUCCCUCAACAUUUCUUUAAAAAACUUUGUACCUAAUACUACCUUGUACCUAAUAUUAGGCGCAAUUAAGAGUGACGCCAACCAUUUGUGAAAUUCACACGGAACACACGCAUACCUAUAAGCCAAGAUACACACGUACACGUAUGAAGGCUAUUUAUGUGUAGAACUCUGUUGAAGUAGAUCACGCCAGGGACCGCCGCCAUCAGUUUUGAAAUUAUCUGUGACAAAGAAACCGACCUCGGAAAUGGAGACAGAUGUAACUCUUUGCGGUUCAUGCAAUAAAAACCGACUAUCCAGCGGAUCCCAAAACUGGGUGCAGUGCAACGUAUGCAAGGCAUGGUACCACUUCGCCUGCGUUGGAGUCGAUGCCUCUAUUUCACAGUCACAAUGGACGUGCGACUUGUGCAAACUUGUCGACGAUACCCCUUCCACCUCACAGCAAGCCGCUUUACAACGCAACGAACUGACAAAUACCUUGCCGAAAGAUGGCGACAUAAUACAAAUCGAAUCCAAUCCCAAUAAGCCACCUGAGACAUCAUAUAUUCUAUGAUAAAAAAAAAAAUGUCUCAAAGGGAAAGAUGCCCAAAGAUGCACCGUCGCAAAUGUUUCUCAAAACGCGAUUGCGGCGUUGAUAACUGUCAAUCAAAACACCACCCUGUUUCCUCUGAACCACUUUGUCUGCAGUGGACCGGAGACACCACCCGUACGGAGGAAAUGUCUCUCAAAGCCCAGGUAAAAAUAUCGGAGAUGGGGAGUGGAAGAAAACUGUGGCUCAACAACGUGCACUCAAUCAAACACCUUGCCCUACCUAAGCAAACCGUUGACGCACAUAAGCUUGGCGCAAAUACAAGCACCUACAUGGAUUGCCCAUAAUAGCCUGGUCUCAAGAGUUUGUCUAAUGUAAUGGUCAAUAUCUUAUUGCUUGUCGUAGCACGCUUAUUUUUGAUUCUAAUGAUAAGAAAAGGCACCUCUAAGGGGUCCAAACAGUCCAAACACCAUCACCAUUAGCCGACGAGUAGAUAGCCGGAAAAAUUGCGUGCGCUCGUUCCCCUUAGCUAACACCAGGCAUGAAGAAAUUCGUUACAUUUAUAAUGUUAUUUAAUCAAGAAGAUUAUUAUAAUCUGGCGCCCAGCGUGUUGGCCAAAAUAACAGGCCAUACUAUCAUCAAUGGCCAAUAUCUUUUUACAUACACAAACACCUACAUCCAACAUUUUUUUUCUCGAUCCAAUAGUAUUCAGUGUAGCCGUUACGACUAAUGUGCGAUUGGAUUUUCAGCAGACUGCCUGAACCAAAAGCCACAAUUGUAAACAAAGUUCGAGCUCGCUGAAAAGAUAAACUUAAUGAACCUGUUCUUAUUUUGAAUUACACAUUUAAAACGCUUUGGAUUUACAGAAAUGGUACUGUUCGCAGUUUAGAAUCUGGCCACGUUUAUGAUGUGAACACGGGAUAAGAUUGGUCUAACAAUUUUUUUAUAGAAGGCGAUUGGAAAACGCAGGCUAGAUAACGCUAAAACUGCGGAUCUCCUGACCACGGCUAAUAAAACAAAGUUAGAAACUCAAACAGUUCAUAUUCAUUUAAGUCAAACCAGUUAAUUUGUUCAAGUUUUCUAUUAAUUGUCUUGGAAUUGCAGAUCGUGAUCUUUUAGAAAAGAAACGACUGAACCACGACUGUUGUGUCGGCGGGACCACAUAACAGACCACGCAGUGUUGUUGGGCUGAUUUACUCUGCACAGGCAGCAGUCGAUACAAAUUUAUUUUUUUUUGUUACAUGUUCCCUGAACAAGAGUGGAACAGACAGCAGAUGUUUAUAUAUGGUUUUGCAGGGAAGUCCACUAUGCUUGAAGGCAAAAUACUUUUAUGAUUUUUGAUCGUUUGAUUUAAAGAUUUUUUAUUUUUUUACACGUUUUAUUACUAUAUUUUACAAUUCUUAUAUUUUAUAUUACCUACAUUUAAUAUUUUUCUAUAUGUUAUAGUUCCUAAUUUCAUAUUCAUUCUACAAUUUGUUAAAGCUUAUCAUUUAAAUUAGCAUUAAAAUUGAAUUACGUUUCGCUGAGGUGGCUGUCGAACGGCGCCCCUGAAAGCAAAAGAAAAACAAAACAAAAGACAGCUGUUCCAUGGGUGACAAUAACUGAUCACCGCAAUAGUUGUUAAAAAUUUAACAGAAGACAGGUAAGCAUUAGGUAAGGUCAAUGGCCGCCGGUACUUUCUCAACAAUGCAGAUAAAGCGAUAAGGAAGACCGUAGGCAUUUGAUCAGGAGAUUAAAAGACAAGAGUUAUUUUUUUUGCAACAAAGGCUUAGUGAAAAAGUAGAAGAGAGUAUUUGAGCGCUUCUGCGUCGGAGAGACUAAAAAUUUACACUAGUAUUUUUUUUUUUUUGUAUCUCGUGUCUAAGAGGGUCGAAUAAAAUAUGGAACCGAACUGUAGCCUUUUUGGAAAAGCUCUGAGCACCGCUGUUACAUAUAAGACUAAAUGUGGACAUACAUUUCAUAAGUCGUGCAUAGUGACUAUUUCUAGAAUAAUCGCAACAUGCCCAAGCUGCGAAACAGUUUGUUUUGAGACAGAAUCAACAGCAAGGGGGAGCCAAAAGGCCAAAACAGUAAAGAAAGCAACCACAGGAAACGAUACUCCGGUCAGUUCGGAAGCGAUAGGAACCCUUAUUGCCAAAACAGUGAGAUCUAUGCAAGAGGACAUCAUGACGCAAUUGGCUGAUCAGAUGGCUCAAUUGAUCCAAACCAACGUAGCUACACAGCUUAAUGGACUUGGCCAAAACAAUGUGAGCGGAAUCCUAUCUGCCGAGCCACCCUUAUCUAAUCAAGAGCGAGAGAUUUGCAGGCGUAGGGAGAGGUUCCUGGAAGAUAUCAAGCGGAGCUGUGGGUAUCAAAAAGGGGCUCCAUUUCGUAAACAGGUGGCAGAGCUGCUAGAGGAAGCUAUGUCGGAUGAUGCCACAGAAUUUUCCGAUCAGGAAGGCGAUUUAGAAAUCGGAGCUAUGGCAUUAGUGUGUUGGAAUUGCCACAAAGAGGGACACCGCUAUCAGAAUUGCGAAAGUAAGCGAAAGAUUUUCUGCUACGGCUAUGGCACUCCAAAUGUGUACAAACCCUCGUGUGGCAAGUGCCUAAAAAACGGAAAAACGAGCACACAUAUCCGUCAGCCGCCGUGUGUUCAACGUCGAAGGCCGACCAUCCCCAAAGCAAGCGUGUAGAUAAUAUUAAAUCAACUCCGUCCGAAAUAAAUCCUCACAAUUCCGAAAACUUUUCCAGCCAACCCAUCUGUUGGCCCACAAUCUUAAAUAUAAAUUUUAAUUUAAGGUCAACUAAUCAGCUGAUCCGGCCGCAAUCACAAUCCAGAAGUUCUAGGCGAAUGCGAGAAUUUUGUAAAACAGUCAAAACGAUAAAUAGUAUCCGUUACAAACCGAAA